CUAAAAUUAACAACCAACUAUCCUGCAAAAUUUCACCUUUCUUUUUCUCUGUUUUUGAAGAAAUUCUGAACCGCUUACUUCAUCGUUGCCAAAACGUGACUUUUGCCAGUCUUAAAUGGUGGUAGCUUUUAUAUAAUAUGUUGAGCAAAUUACAAUUUUCUCCGUUUAGCUGGUGUACAAUUUUCAAUUUUCCUGGAGGCAAAAAUUUGUUAAAUUGUUUAAUUCAUAUUUGCAGAAAUUUUCGAUUUUUGAGUUAUUAUAUAAAGAUACGUAAAAACAUGCAGGCAUGGUAUUAAGAAUCUGAUCAUUUUUUAGGUAUUAGGAAUCUGAUCUCUUGGUUUCAUCAAAAGGAAUCUGAUCUCUUGGUUGGUUUGCAUGCAGAAUCUACAAAAGGCAUGGUAAAAACUUUAGCCUGGGGCUAUUCCUAUAAAGCCCUUGCAUAAAAAUGCUUAAUCGGAUCUUAUUAUAUGCUAAGAGGAUUGGUACCCUAAUUGACCAAGGGCAAAGUUGUCAAGCUAUAACUCUGUUCCAUCAGCUCCGGAAAACUGGGUCCAAAAUCACAGAGUUUCUUCUCUCAGCAACUGUAAGAGCUUGUGGAAGGCUAGCUGCUAUUAAAGAAGGAAAGCAGUUCCAUUGCAUGGUGAUCAAACAUGGGUUUAAUAGAGACAUGGUUUUGAUGACUUCCCUUCUCGAUAUGUACUCUAAAUGCAAUCAAAUCGGAGAAGCCCGCCGUGUUUUUGAUGAAAUGCCUGAAAGAGAUGUCAUUGCCUGCAACAGCAUGAUUUCUGGGUUGUGUUUGUCUCACUUAACAUCAGAGGCAGUUGACUUGUUUAAUAACAUGUCGAAGAGAGACGUUGGUUCUUGGAAUUCUCUGAUUUCGGGUCUUGGGCAACACUCUGAAGGAAGAACUGCAUUGUUUUUCUAUGAGAGAAUGAGAUUGCAGGGAGCCCAAGUUGACGGUAUGACCAUGGUGAGUGUUCUUGCCAUAUGUGCUGAUCUUGCAGCGCUACUUAAUGGUAAGCAAAUUCAUGGGUUAGUCAUGAAAAAUGGUUAUGAGCAUUAUUUGCCGAUUGGAAAUGCCAUGGUUGACAUGUAUACUAAAUGUGGAUGCAUGGAUGAUGCGUGCUUGUGUUUCAGAAACAUGCCAUCCAAAAAUGUAGUUUCAUGGAGUACCUUGAUUGUGGGAUAUGGAAAACAAGGCCUGGGGCUGGAGGCUCUUCAGGCAUUUGUGGUAAUGGAAAUGGAAGGAAUACGACCAAACGAAAUCACAUUCUUAGGAGUCCUUUAUGCAUGCAGUCAUGCAGGUUUAGUGCAAGAAGGAUGGAGAAUUUUCAACAUGAUGGUACAUGUAUACUCCAUCAACCCCAUGAUGGAGCAUUAUACAUGCAUAGUGGAUCUCCUAGCACGAGCAGGCCAUCUCCAAGAGGCCUCUAAUUUCAUUGAGAAAAUGCCUAUGAAGCCGGACACAAAGCUUCUCACAGCUUUUCUAAGCUCAUGUUUCACACAUAAAGACUUCGAGCUAGCAAGGAGUGUUGGAGAGAAACUACUUGAAUUAGAACCUCAAGAAGCAGGUGCUUAUAUGUUGCUAUCUAACUUGUAUGGACUUGUUGGGGACUUGGAAGCAGUUGCAAAAGUGAGAAGAUUGAUGUCAAAUAGAGGCAUAAGGAAAGAGAAGGCCAGUACAUGGAUUGAGAUUAACAAAACAAUUCACAGCUUUGAAUCAGGAGACAGAUCUCAUCCCCUUAGCAAAGAGGUUCACAAGUACUUACAGAAUCUUGUUGAGAAAAUGAAGACUAAUGGGUAUGUUCCAAACACAAGCAUGGUCAUGCAGAAUGUUGACAAGAACACAAAGGAGGAGAUAGUUCUUGGACACAGCGAGAAAUUGGCCAUUGGACUUGGUCUAAUCAGCACUGUUCCAGCUCCUGUACUUCCCGGGAGUAUAGCAAUCCCAGUGGAUCUCUUCGUGUCUCUUAAAGAUGCCAAUUCGGGCUUGGGUUACAAGGUCUACAGCCGUUCCUCUUCGCAUUCAUUGUCCCAUGAUCGAACUACGCUUGAUGCAGCUGGAAAUCCUCUCAUUUCUAUGUCUCGUGAUGAUAAGGGAUGUUGGAAAGGCUUCAAGGGGAAUGGAGAGGAGCUGAUAUUCAGAGUGCAGAGGACAAAGAAUACGCUUACUACAACUGAAUUAGAGGUGUUUCUUGCUGGUAGCAAUUUGGAAGACAACACCUCUGAUUUCAAGGUGAAAGGUUGCCCUUUCAUGAGGUCCUGCACAGUCUAUCGUGGCAAUGACAUAGUGGCCCAGACUAAUCCCGAGAACAAACUGAGCCAGGGAUGACAAAGUUUUACAAAAUGUUUCAUAACUUUGUAAAACGAAAAAAAAAAAAAAAUGGUUCAAGAAAUAUUGCCAUUGAAAUGGUUCCUUAACAGGAAAAAACAAAAUGAUAAUUUUGACAAAUUGGCAAUUUUUUUUUUGGCCAACGAGAAAUUAGCAAAUUGAAGUGGUAAUAAUUUUAACUUGAGAAGUGCUUUCGCAUAUUAUUGACCAUCAUUCGAAUCAUAAAUAUUCACUAAGACAAAAUGCUUAAAAGAUAUUACUUUUGAAAUGGUGUUUUCCUUUACUACUCUGGACAUUAAAAGUUGAAUAUUUACGAAAAAAAAAAAUUACUAAAUGGCGUUUUCGGAUAUUAAAUGUUGAAUUUUUUUUUUUUUUAAAAACAAAAAGAAGAAAGAAGCAAACAUGUGUUUGUAGGGUUGGUCUGGUUGAAAAUUUACUUCUAGAUCUAGGGUUUAAACAUUGAUUUAGAUGAAAAUGGAUUUUAUCGUCAUUUUUGGUAAGAAAUAGUGACAACAGGUAAAGAUGAAAUUAAAUAAACUGGAAUAUAAAUGCGAAGAGCGACAGCAGACUCACUAUGGCUUUAAGGGCAAAUUAAGUUAAAAUUUUAAGCACAGAUUAUUUCUUUGAG